AUGCCGUCAGUGUUGUGUUGCGGUCGUGGUGUGGUCACUGUGCUCUCACCGUGCGGUCAUGGUGUGGCUACUGCCAUCACGGUGCUGUCACAGUAUGGUCGUGUUCCGGUCAUGGUGUGGUCACAGGCAGCCACACCUGAGAGCGCGUUCCAGGUCACGCCUGCUGCCGGUUUGGACACUCUGCCCAGCGUAAAAAGCGGCUGGCCUCUGCUGCCCUGGCAGACGCUCUUGGCUCUCGGGCUGAGGCGCUUUGCAUCCAUGCUGUCACGAGAGCGUGGCUCUGGGGUCCCCCUUUCCCAGGAGUACCUGGCGAGGCUGAGACAGAUUCGGCUGCAGAACUUCAACGAGCGGCAGCAGAUCAAAGCCCGGCUGCGUGGAGAGAAGUAUGACAGUGACGGCUCAGACAGUCAGGAGUCCAGCGAUGAGGCGCAGCUCCGGAGGCAGAAGAUCGAAGCUCUCAAGGUACAGGCCCAGGCUCGGGCUGCAGUGCUGAAGGAGCAGCUGGAGAAGAAGAGGAGAGAAGCGUACGAGAGGGAAAGGAAGGCCUGGGAGGAGCACCUUGUGUCUCGGGGGGUGAAGGUGGCCAUAGGGGUGGGGGUGCCCCCCCCAGGGCCUGGACCGCAGCCUGGACCCCCCCUGUCCAGGCCCACCACCCCAGCCAUCUCCAUGACAGCUGCUCUGAAGGACGUGGGCGCGGAACCAGCAUCUCUGCAGCAGGGGGUGGACGACCCCUCAAAGCCAGGUGUGGCUGCUCUCCAGAGUGAAAAGCGUGAGAUUCUACGCAGACUGAACCAGAACCUCAAAGUGCAGAGCUGCACCAGUGAGGAAGAGAAGGAGAAAGAGGAAGAGCAGCCCGCCGCCCCCCUGCAGGGUCCCAGCCCUCAGGACAGAGCCCCCAGCGGGGCCGACAGGAAGCGUUGGGAGGCAGGUGGCCCGCCCCUCGUCUCUGUGGCACAGCAGACCCUGGAGGAGAACUCCCUGGCCACCGUGGGUGUCCAGGCGGAGUCCCCAGAGGACCGACCCCCCAGCGGGGCCGACAGGAAACGCUGGGAGGCAGGUGCCCCGCCCCUCAUCUCUGUGGCGCAGCAGACCCUGGAGGAGACCUCCCUGGGCACCGUGGAGAGGACAUCGGGCGAGGUGAUCCAGCUAGAGGCAGGGCAGGGGGAGGUGCCCAGGCGGGCUUGGGGGCAGAGUCCAGAUGCUCAGGUGCUGAAGUUUCUGGAGGAGGCGGAGCUGCAGCCUGUCACCCUGCUACUCGAGAGCGCCGGUAUCCGUGACGACGGGGUCACCUCAGGAAGCCUCACUUCCACAGCAGAGGGCCUGAGUGGUGUCGCCAACUCCGGAGCAAAGACACAGCCAGAUCCCAGUCCUGGUGCCAUGGUCCAGAAACAAGAACCCAGUGCUGGGGAUGCUGUUCAGGACCAAGAGCCCAGCAGCGGAGCUGUGGUCCAGAGACUAGUGCCCAGCACCAGUGCUGGGAAACUGCCUCUCCAGGCUCUGCUUUCUGGACCAAAGAAGGGGGUCCCCAAAUCACAGGAGACUCCAGCAGCAGGUGGUAGCUUAAUACCCCCACCUCCACUGACCCAGAGAGAUGCAGAAGAACCGCAGGAUGUGGAGGAGCUGGAGCAGCUGGAACAGCCGGAGGAGCGCCCUCCACGCGCCGCACAGCCCCCUGCAGGAGCAGUGCAGGCCUGGGGGAGAGAGGAGCCCAAGCCCCAGCAGCAAGGACCACCAGAUGGCAGUGUAACACCAGCAGAGAGCAGAACCGAGCAGGAGCCUGUGGAGAAGCAGUCUCAGGACUCCAAAGGGAGGGAGAGUGAGUGUGUGGAGCCUCUGUUCCGCAGACUCUCGUCCCCUGCACACCGGCGUGCAGUGGCAUUAGCCCUGCUGGGGGCCCAGUCAUCCCAGUCCUCCCAGGAGGACUCGGCAGCAUCUCGCUCGCGCUCUGUCUCACCCGUCAAACACAAAGACAACUCGCUGCUCAUCGGCCUGUCCACCGGCCUCUUCGAUGCCAACAACCCCAAGAUGCUGCGGACCUGCUCCCUCCCGGACCUCAGUAGGCUCUUCAGGACGUUUAGUGAGGAGGCUGCAGGCUCCAGCGGCGCCGAGCUGCCCGACGACCACCUGGAGCUGGAGGACCUGGAGGACGAGCAGGCCAAGGCAGGGGACCAAUCGGAGUGCGAGGAGGACAAUGGGUAUGAGGAGACGGACGAGGACCUGCAGGAGCUGCGGGCAUCCAUGGAACGGCUGCUUCAGGAGCACCCCAGCGAGGACUACAGUGAGGAGGAGGAAGAGGAGGGUGCCUCCAAUGGCAGCGCUGCUGAGGAGGAGGCAGGAGAGCCGCUAGAGUCCGUCACCAACGGCAUGGACGAGGAUGAGGACGAGCGCCGCAGCAGUGAGAGCGACCUCAACGAGGAGUGGCAUUCAGACGGGAGUGACGAGGAGGAGGAGAGUGACGGUACCCACCAGGACAGCAUCUUCAGCCGCCUGGAGGAGCUGCGCUUCCGCCUGGAGCAGGACAUGGGCUUCGAGAACUUCAUCGAGGCCUAUAACAAGAUCAAGGCCAUUCACGAGGACGAGGAUGAGAACAUUGACCUGGCGUCCAGCCUGGUGCAGGACAUCCUGGGGACGGAGCACCAGCACCUGUACCCCAAAAUCCUGCAUCUAGUGAUGGCUGACGGAGUCUACCAAGAGGAUAAUGAUGAAUAAAUGUAAUUCUUCCCAGCCGCUGGCAGCCCCUGACGCUCCACAAGCAGUAAUGUCUUCCCAGCAUGCAAUGUGUGUGACAGUCUUCUCUGAAGAUGGGGGGAGGGGCUAAGGCUCAUAGUGGGGUCUGCGCUGUAGAGGGAGGACUGGUGAGGGGUCAGGGGUGGGG